AUGGCGACCGCCUACGGGUUUAACAGCUGUAAUGUGUCGCCACGGACGAUGAGCACGACACCCGAAGCCAAGCAAGUCACAUUUGUUCUUCACGAAGCCCGUAUACCGCUCCGAGUUUCAAUCUACCCGCACGACGCCACCGAGUCCAUCAUUACCACUGUCAAGAAUUUCUACGGUUUAUACUACAAUGAGCGCGCGGGAAUCAGCUUUGAGGACGAGCGAGGAAACACCAUGAUUGCCCGGUACGAAAACUUUGUCGACCACCAGUCCGUCCAUGUCCGCAUCAUCGACAACCCCCGCGGGCUAUCACCGAGCUACAACCAUGCCGAUGACGACGAGAGCAACCACUACACACCCAGAACCACACUGCGAACAUCACGAAUCCGUAGUCACUCUCCCCAUGGUACCAGAGGGCGUCGUAGCGACUCAACUGCCAUUGCCGGAAAGAAAAAGCGGUCUCGGUCCUUCAAGACCAUGCAUGGUGACCACGGCGACGGCGUCAAUGGUUAUAGCAGUGGAGAUGAUGCAUCGGGCUCGGUGUCAGGAAAGAACAAGGAGCCUAUCGGAAACACCGACAUCAGUGUUGAAAACAUCGUCGAAGGAGGACGUCGGAAGCGCGCCAAGUUGUUCGAGAGUUCGGAAUUGCCGCUUUUUGCUCCCCCACAGAUGCCAGCAGCUACCUCCAAUCACUCAUUCUCACCCAUCCGACAUAAUGACUCGCACCGACCCCCCCUACCUUUCAGCAAUGCCACUCAGAACCCGUUCAGCAACCCUCGUCCUCUACAAACCCCGCCGAACUACCACAACCACUACGCGGCUUCUAGUACGUAUGCGACGCCAGCCAUUGACGACCGUCGCUCCCGCGGUAGCAUUGGCUAUGAUGCCUCGGUUGCUGCCACCGGGAAAAGAACGAUGCUCACACCUGACCCUACUGUGAGAAGCUGUGUAUCGGAAGAGGACAAAGAUAUACAGGACGUCGCGAUGCAACUUAUGCUGCUUCAGGGAGAUUGGAAAAAUCAUGGGCGAUCAUCAGGCUCGACACUUGAUGAUACGUUCAGCGGUAGAGCAGAUGUUUCUUGCUCCACCGGUACGACGAGCGACUGCGAGAGCGAAAGCGAAGACGAGAUGCCGCUUGCGCAUACGAAGACGGAUGGGUUUGGGAAUCAGAGUGUCUUCCAGACAACGGAGAGCCACUUUGCAGUUCCGCAAGAUGGCGCCGAAGUGAGCGGUGAUGACGCCGACUACGAGGAUGGAGAUGGCGUAGAGCAGGGCACGAUGGCCGCCCCCAAACUCUUGAAGAAUCCGAAACCCAGAUCCGGUUCCCUGAACGGCUCUAGGGCACGCUCACAGUCAACUAGCAAGCCCAAGCCAAUCAAGGCCACCAAGCCGAAGACCAAAAAGACAUCGGCGAAUCCAGUUCUUAUGACACCCGCAUCCAUGCCUGCCUCCCGCAAGCAGUCAGUCGUGUCAACCUCGGCCUACUCGGCGCCUCAUGGAGAGGAGGAACAGCCUGAUCUCUCUACCAAGCCACGCUGCCAACGGUGUCGUAAGAGUAAGAAGGGAUGUGACAGACAACGACCUUGCGGCAGAUGCAAGGAUGCCGGCAUUCCUGCCGAGCAAUGCAUUAGCGAAGACGAGGGUAACGGCCGGAAGGGCCGCUAUGGUCGCCACAUGGGUGUUCCUGUUUCCGUGAACAAGGAGGAAGCGUCGGCUCCGGCAACACUAUUGCCGGCCGCUCUAAUCGCCCCCGCGGGGGUUCUGGGCUCGGUCCCAAAUUCAUCGGCACUCGAUAAGAGCAGGAAGCGCAAGAGGUGA